AUGCCGGAACUGAUGAUCUUCUCAACCAUCACCUCAGUCGAAGUAACAAAAACAUCAUUCAACACCAUCGACAUCUCUGAAUUCCGAGAGUCGGCUUUCGUUCCGGGGACACCUCGUCUUUUCAAACAACCAACGACAUCCUCAAUCAAGAGUCCCUUUCCCGCAUCAUCAAAAUGGUUCAAGCACGAUAAAGCCUUUCACCCCAAGGCCCUCACACGGGGGCCCACCGUCACGUUCGCCAGUUACAUGGACCAGUUUGCGCAUCACAUGCUGCCCUAUGAGCUAAUGAGCCCCCAGCUCUCUGAAGACACGAAUGUCAUUGUCAGUACAACAAAUCAGUUCCUUAACUGGCUUGCUUCGGGCUCGGACCCGAUAGGCGCGGUCCUGGCCGGCAUCGUUCAUGCCGCUAGUUACCCAGACGCCUCGGAGCCGCGCUUCUCCUCCUUCACCGCGCCCUUUCUGCUCCUUCUCAAGGCGAUUGAGUUCAACAGACUGCACGAGAAAAAACUCAAGCAGCUCUAUGUAGCUCAGGCCCAAAUACCCGACCUCCCGCCGGAAAUUCAGGAUGACCUCCCUGUCCCGCGCAUCGUAAGGGAGGCCGGCAAAGGCGAUAUUUACAGUUCGAGCGUGUGGCUCGGGUUGGAACCGACGUACACACCGCUGCACCGCGACCCUAACCCAAAUCUGUUCUGCCAGCUUGUCGGUGAAAAGGCCAUUCGUUUACUUCCCCCGUCGUCUGGGGAUCGCUUGUAUCGCAGGGUGCAGACGCAGAUUCAACAGUCUGGAAACAGCCGCAUCAGAACGACGGAGAUGAUGGAAGGCCGUGGGAGAGUCGUGAUGAACGCGGCCGUUUGGGGUAUGGAGGGCCCCGAGGACAUUGUGGAAGCCAGAUUAGGCCCUGGAGAUGCUCUGUUCGUCCCCACGGGCUGGUGGCAUAGUGUCAAGAGUGGGCAUCAUGACGGGCGACUUAAUGCGUCGGUGAACUGGUGGUUCAGAUAG